GAAAAUACGUGCUCUUCAAUCAUCAUUUAUGAAGGUAUCUCACUUUUAUCUAUGGAAAGUAGAAACAAAAAUUGGCAAGGCCAAACAGGCUUAAAUAGUAUGUGGUAUGUUAGAAUCCAGAAGAAUUCUAUAAUCUAUUUUAUUUAUAUUUUUAUAUUUAUUUAUAUUUUAGAUUCAUCCUUAUCCAAGCAUGACAGCUAUGUAUUUUGCAGUUUGAAAACAGAUGAUAAAUCUUAGAUGCUUUUGGCACGGAUCUGGAGAGAGAAGGGUGUGUUUGGAAGCAGGAAAGUAUUACAAGAGUCUAGGUGAGAGGCUAUUACAAGUUCAGUCUAGAUAAGAGGCUGUGAAGAUGAAGUAGGGCGAAUGCCCAGUAAAUGAAGAGAAGGGGAUAAAUGCAAGAGAUAAAAAUAGAAAAAAUUUGCAAUUGCACCAUGACUCCCAUGACUAGCAAGGCGAGGAGGAAUAAAUGCCCGAACACUUUCAUCAGUCCUUCUAGUAACCCGCCCCGCUCCGCUCCUCUCAGCCACUCAAAGAAAGGGACCACGUGUCUCGAACGAUCAAUCGCGACACGUGCAGUUCGCGGACAUCCUCUGGUGCUACGUCACAAAAGCAGCCCAGCCUCCGAGCCACUCCAAGCUCUCUCUCUUCUUCCCUCCCCACCCGAGCCGCCGGUCCCAAAGGCGAGCGACCUGCGCAGUCCUAGAGCUUGCCGGGAACUGAACUAAACUGACCCAACGUAAACUUUCGCCUUUUCGCCUCCUCCGAUUUCCCCACUCCCCUUCCCCCCUUCCUCUGCUCCAAUCAAGUUUUUCCACAAAUGAGACCGCAGAGAGGACGCGAAGGGCGGGAUUUCGCGUGGUUCGGUCUCCGCCGAUUCGUCCUUCUUUCGUUCUAGUGAACAAGGCGGACUGAGGUUGUAGUAGGCGCUGGCCGACGUCCGUUUGCGUGCUGACGUAUCACGACCUGGGGCCGCCUGCGCGUGCGCCCCGGGGCUGGCCGCGCGUGCGCGAGAGUGGAGUGGGCCCUGGUGGGGGGGGUAGGGGGUGGAGCUCGGAGCUUCCACAUUCCCUCAGCCUUUAGGUCUCACGUCGAACCCGGUCUGGUGCCGGGUGCUCCCAGCUCCUGAGGCAGCCGCGGCGGGCGUCUGUGCCUCCUCUUUCUUCUCGCUGUCAUCAUGGCCUUCUUUUACGAAUACGUGACUCCUGAGCAGCUGGCCGGCUUCGAUAAAUACAAGUACAGAGCUGUGGAUACCAAUCCGCUCUCUUUGUAUGUUAUGCACCCAUUUUGGAAUACUAUAGUAAAGAUUUUUCCUACAUGGCUGGCUCCGAAUUUGAUAACUCUAUCAGGCUUUCUGUUACUUGUAUUCAAUUUCUUACUUAUGGCCUACUUUGAUCCUGACUUUUUUGCAUCAGCACCAGGUCACAAACAUGUACCUGGAUGGGUGUGGAUUGUAGUGGGCAUCCUUAAUUUCGUUGCUUACACUCUAGAUGGUGUUGAUGGAAAGCAAGCUCGUAGAACCAACUCCAGCACCCCUUUAGGAGAAUUAUUUGAUCAUGGAUUAGAUAGUUGGUCAUGUGUUUACUUUGUAGUGACUGUAUAUUCCAUCUUUGGACGGGGAACAACGGGCGUCAGUGUUAUUGUUUUAUAUACUCUCUUAUGGGUAGUCUUGUUUUCUUUUAUCCUGUCCCACUGGGAAAAGUAUAAUACAGGAAUUCUCUUCUUGCCUUGGGGAUAUGACAUUAGUCAGGUGACUAUUUCUGUUGUCUACAUAGUGACUGCGAUUGUGGGAGUUGAGGCCUGGUAUGAACCUUUCCUGUUUAAUUUCUUAUAUAGAGACCUAUUCACUGCAAUGAUUAUUGGGUGUGCAGCAUGUGUGACUCUGCCAAUGAGUUUAUAUAACUUUUUCAAGGCCUACAGAAAUAACACCUUGAAGCACAGUUCCAUCUAUGAAACACUGCUGCCCUUUUUUUCUCCAUGUUUGCUUUUCAUUCUGAGUACAAGUUGGGUCCUCUGGUCACCAUCUGAUAUUUUAGAGACACAUCCUAGACUUUUCUACUACAUGGUUGGAACAGCUUUUGCCAACAUCACAUGUCGCCUUAUUGUGUGUCAGAUGAGUAACACAAGAUGCCAAACUUUGAAUCUAUUGCUUGUACCACUGGCCCUCGUUGUUCUUUUGGUAUACUUAGAAUUAUCUCCUCAUAUGGAACCCAUUCUUCUGUACUUACUAAGCAUUAUUAUUACUUUGGCACAUGUCCAUUAUGGAAUACAAGUGGUUAACCAGUUGAGCAGUCACUUUAAGAUUCUACCUUUUUCAUUAAGAAAACCAAGCUCAGAUUGACUAGAAGUGGAAGAAGAGAAAAUUGGCCUACAGUCUACAGAAGUACUGUAAAUAAGACAGACGCUUGUAAAUACUCCAACCAUCACCAUAGAACUAAACUUAUCUACUUGACAGAAAUGGGGACUAAAUGUAUGUGGUACGCAGAUGACAGGGAUGAAGCAUUUAUAAUCUGGACUCCUAUAAUUCCUGUCAAUCUCAUUCCCAUUUAUCAUUAUAAAUGUAUUUUGUGGGGGAGGGGAGAACCAGGUGACCUCUUUGGUUAAACAGUGUACAUUAGACCAGCAUAAUGUUCCUAGUGAUUUCAACUUCAUAACUCCAUGGUUUUUUGGUUUAUACAGGUUAUGUUUUUGUCUUGGUUUUAUUUUAAAAAUAGAGAAGCUGGUUUAGGAACACUGACCAUAUUCAGAAGAACACAAUGUGUUUUCAUAUUGGGUGAUUUGUUAAUAGGUCUUACCUAUCUGUGGAAACUAUCAAUAUCCUGUUUCUUACUCCAGGGAGAGAUAAGCCACAAAAGCAAUUCACCUUCAGCAGGAGAUGCCAAAUUACCACAGCAGAAUCUAACCAGAAGUCACUUUUAUAACUGCCAAACACUGGCUUCUCUUUUCCAUGGAAAUGCCUUUGUCUUCAUAUGCUGAGAGAUCUGACAUGAAUAUGAUCGCCUGAUAUCCUAGCACUCUUUGUUCUGGAAUAGAUCUUGACAAAUGGUUUCAUUGUUUUUGUUUUCUAUUAAAUUAUUCAAUGGGGGCUUAGAAGUGAAUGUGGUUUUAGUUAUAAUUUGUUAGUUUGACUUUGAAUUAUCCCCUUCCAAUUACAAAUAAUUUUACAGGAUGAAAUCUUGUCAACCACUGCAUUUGACAUUUUUAGUCUAAUGGUACAAUUACUUUUUGUGAGGAAUAUAGAUUAAACACCUUUUAAUAGAAAGUCACUUUGGAAUUGGAUAAUAUAUCAAUUUUAGGAUGUGAUUAUCCUUUUGAGACUUGUCAUAUAAAUUCUAGGCUAUUCUUGAAUUUUUUUCCUUUUUUGGGGAGUGGGGGAAGACAACAGAUAUGGGGUUUGGAAAAAACCUGGGAGACAAUAGAGUAAAUGCAGUUUUUUUUUCCUACUUCCCCAGCUUGGAAAAAACAUGACACAUUUGCCUUAUUGAGCAUACAUUAUCCUUACAAUAGCUUGCAGUAACUUAUAAAGUUUACUUUUGAAAAUAAAAAAAUUCCUUCACUUUUAUCAUAAUUGUUUCAUAGCUCACAUCUUUUUCACAGGUGUGAUUUUUUUUACUUUUUUUUUAUCUUUAAUUUUAUCAUUUUAGUUUGGUGGUGGUGAGAGUUACAUGCUGAUUUUCUUUGAUUUUUCUACUGAAUGCUAUUUGUGCUUGAAUGAAGAGUGUGUCUUAAACCCUUUUUAUGGACAGGCUGCACUUGGAGAGAAUAAGCACAACCAUGUUCAUAUGUAUUUAAACUUGAGAAACCAUUAUUUAUCAAUGAAUGUUUGACCAUAAACUUAGUUGCAGUGUCUUCCUUUUGAGGUUUAAAAUCUGCUCCUUUGAAAAAUAAUUGUGUAAUAUUUAAUUUUUUAAAUUUGUAAAUUCUAAUCAUUGUCACACAAGUUAUUAGAAAUGUGAAGUCUAUUAGCCAACCGAUGGCUCCUUUAAAUUAAAAAAAUGUGUUUAUAGGAUUUAUGUAUUGUGUAUUCUGUGACUUCCUCUGAAUCAAAGGAAGUCAAUCUACAUCACAAAUAGAAAAUUUGAUGCAGGAAAAUGUUGCUACUGAGUCUGUUUUUUAAAAAGCUAUCAUGGGAAUUAGAGGAAGUGCCAAUUAAGUGAAUGUAACUUCUAACAUUUUUGUUUUAUUUUGUUCUGUGUCAUCUGUUAAAUUGUGCUGGAUAUGGUAUGAAUUUAUAGGGGUGGGGAAGGAAGGGAUACCAUUCUGAAUUUAUUACUUUAGUCAUUUUUUUGACUUGAAACAAAGAAAGUGGAAAUAGAAAAUUUAAUUUUGUUAGCUUCCUAUAUCAUCAUUGUUGGGGGAAACAUUACUUGAAAAUAAUACAUUUACUAUAAGAAGCAGAGCUGGUGUGUAUUUUUUUUUUAAUAUGAUAAUUUGGGCCAGAAGCCUCCUUUCGUUAUUAGGAAUACAUUGUACAGAUUAGCAGUUAAAUUCCUUUUCAUGCUUGUGAUGUUUUAGUUCCAUUGUAUUAUAUAUAUUUCUCUUGUAUCAAAUGUGAAAAUUAUUUUGUGCAUUUGCUUUAAUGUUUUCUCCUAUAGUGGUAAAGAAAUUAUUUUACAAAUGAUUUCAUUGAAAUUUGUAAGGUGAAAAAGAGAAGUUACAAGAUGAAAGAGACUGGAGUAAUUGACUUUUACAGAACAGAGUGAAUUUGCAGGUCCCUAGUACUAUGACUCCUUUUCUUUGUUUGAGUUAGACAUUCCCUUUGAUCAAAAACUGCAUCUCAAAAGCCAUUUUUAUUGACAACUGAGACAGAAUUUAUCUAUAAAUAGAAUCUUGUAUUCAUAUUUUAGAUCAAGCAUCUGAACGCUUCUGAUGUGUAAGAGACAGUUUUGGGUUUGUGGAUGAUAGCAGAUAAACUCAGACUUACUUUCUCUAAAUUUUAAACUGAGCUGCCUUUUAUGGAACCAGUGGUACAUUUUCUCAUGAUUUUUGGACGUUUCAGAGUAGAGUGCCUUAGCAUAACCAGAAAUUUUGAGUGAGACAAUUUAUAUUUGUUUCUGCCAAGUAAGGUCAUGGUGACCUGUUGGAAAUUUCUUAUCAGACUUGUGUAUAGAACAGAUUUCUUUUUGGAUUUGUGAAAACAAUGUUAUAGAAGAAGCAGAUGAGGAAAUUUUAAUAUGUAUAUCAAGGGGGGUAUGAUGGAAAGAUGAGAAAAAAGUUAGAUUGCUUUGAUUCCAUAUUUGUUUUGCUCAGUAUUUUAUCCUAGUGUAACUUUUUAUUUAUUAUCCUUUUAAUGUAAUAGAAUGGUAAAAUAUUUGUAACACUUUUUUUGUCUCCUUAUAUAUUAAAUUUUUAGGAUUUUAUUAAAUGAAAUAGAUACUAGCAGUGAUGUGUUACAAAAUAUUAAUGUCUUAAGGAUAGUUGAAUAGAUUUCCAAAUUUAAAAAAUUUUUCUUUGACAUAAAAUUAAAGUUAUUUUGUGCAAUAGCUUACUUAAACCCACUAUGUAGCUUUCCAUUUAAAUUACCUACAAUUUUGAUACUUUUGAAAUUAUAGUGUUCCAUAAUUUGUAGACAAAUGGUAUCACAGAGAGAAUAAUGAAGUUGAAAAAAUUGGGAUAAAUUAAAAUGCUGCAAAAUUUACCAGAUAGUAAUCCAUUCUGUCUUCUUUCUAUUCAACUCUAGGCCCAGUGCAUUAUUUCUUCCAAGAGAAACUUUCUGAGGACUAAUUCAAUCAGCUAAUUGUCCAACUGUGUGCCACAAUCUGGGCAAAAUUGUUUCUUAACUGACUUGGUUUUUCCUAUAUAGAUUAGUGGACUGAUCUCUUUUAAAUGGUUGUGGAUCUCAUUGAGAGUAGAUCUUAAUUUUCUUUUUAAUUUUAUGCCUUUAUAUGCAUUCUUAUGUUUGUUUAAAUAAUUUUUCUUGAACCAUAUUUUUCAAUUUCAAUAGUCAGGAUUUUCUUUGUUAACUGGCAACAUUUGCAUUUCCACUAUAUAUAGAGAACCCUAUAUUUUCAUUUAAUGAGGUGAAAAGAAGAAAUUAUAGUCAUACUACCUUCUUAGAAACUGAAGAGGAGGUAGUAACAAUUCAUUACCAUCUAUAUCUGAAAGUAACUGGUUCUAAAAGAAUACUUUUCCUUAAUCAUAGUAUCAGGGACCCCCAUCUCUUACUUUCAGACAUAGAGUUAAUGUAUUUUGAGGAAAAUCAGAGAAGCUGCUUAGGUUUUGUGAGCCAAAGACUCUUCUAAGUAUUUUAACCAGAAGCUUCAUCAUUACUUUUUCUGUUAGUUCAUUUAUGCUUCUUAUUGAAACAAUACCUAGGAAAAUUGAGCAUUCUACUUAGGGCAUUGCUUUGCCACCUCUGAAUUGCCACUCUUUGACCAGUUAGUGAGAGCAGGAUCACUUUUAGUCCUUCAUAGUGACUGACAUGCUUGUUACAGAGGAAUUGGAGGAAACCUGAUAGUCUUGAAUUUGUCAGGACUUUGGUUACACGGAUAACAAACAAUUUAUGUGGAAUUCUUGAAUCCCUCUAAGAUAGGACUUUAAACCAACUUUUAAUUUGAUUUUGGUUUUAGGUUCUAGCACUGUAAGGGGAAGCUAUGUAGUAUAGUGAGUAAAGUCCUGGUUGUAGAGCCAGGAAGACCUGAGUUCAAAUACUGCUUCAGGUGCUGACUUAGCUAUAUGAUCUUGGAUAAGUCUCUUCAGCUCCGAGUCUCACUUUCCUCAUCUGUAAAAUGGGGAUAAUAAUAGCACCUACCUCACAGGGUUGUUGCGAGGAUCAAAUGCAAUGAUGUCAAAUGCUCUGCAUACCUUAAAACAUAUAAAAACCAGCUAUUGUUAUCAGUAUCAUGAUGUGAGAAAUUUCUAAAUUUGAAUAAGUAGCUUAGUUCCAUCAUGUAUUGUAGUUUACCUUUAUCAAAGCAUCCUGUAAAUGAAGAAUUUCUACCAGACAAGACCCUGGGACCUUACAGGAUGAAUUUUGAUCUGGAUGCUGCAAUUGAAACAUUUUGACAUAUGCACUUAAAAUAGACUCUUUUAGAAAUAAAAAGUAUUUAUGUGUGUCACAAUCAAAUUGAGUAAUUUUCUAAUUUUUAGAAAGUUUAAUUAAAUUAUUUGAUUUUCCUUUUUAAUGAUGUAACCUAUAUGAUUUCUCCCUACUCUUUAGUAUUUGACUUUGUCUAGCCUGCAAAUUAAUAAGCGGGAGAUAUAGUAGGGUCACAUUAAAGUCAAAUUGAAUACUAAUUAAAGAUUCAGUUCUGGCUAUAGCUCUCCUACAUGAUUUUGUCACUUACAGAACCAUUUUUAAUACAACAUGAUGAACCAGAUUUAUUUUUCAGAGAUAGAUUUAACCAGCCUAUAGUUACAAAAUGCUAAGUUAAAAUUAGGCAUUGUUAAAGUCAUUUCAGCAGUCUUAACUAGUAGACAAAGAUACCGUGUGUACCUGGGCUUUAGCUUUUGAACCAUUGUAGCUAAUCUGGGUGGGAAUGUUAUAUCAAAUUUUAGUUAUCAUGUAAGGAAAAAAAAAUAACUUUGCUUUAGACCUUAAAUGCCCAUGAUUAUGGUUUCUCAACUUCUUGCCAAACAAUUUAAAAUAAAUAAUAAUGCUUAACUGAGAACAGGUUUAGUUGGUACUUUAUACUACUAAUUAGAUUUUUAGAGGAGAGUAUUUAAUUGUGAACAUUAAUCUUAUAAAUCUAUUUCAUCUGCUCUAUCCAAUCAGUAUCAUAAUCUGUUAUUUUUAAUAAUUUAACCUAAUACACUGAUAUUUUAUGCUUAUUUAAAAUAUUUUUGGAAGUAAUAUGCCCUUCAAAGGUAACAUUUGAUGGGACAGUGAUCUAGUUAAUUUGGAAAUGUGCCAAGAAUUUGGGAUUUAGUGGUAGAUCAUGAGGUUCAAACUUGGGUUUUAAAGUUCUUGUAUUCAUUCAUUUAGCCAAAGAUCUGAAUAAUUGCCAAGAAAGAAACUUUCCUUUAGUUUGUAGGAAUAAAGAACAAGUGCUUUAUGCAUCUAUAUACUACUGGAUGGACUUUUAUUGAGGUUUUGUCUUAUGAAAACAAAAAUGGGCUGGAGUGAUGAUCAAAUAGAUUAAUCUUUUUGUAACUGUUUCAGGUAACAGGGAGUUUGUGCAGCUGAUCCAUUUCAUAAAUUUUUGUCAUUUAAAAAAAUUACUAUGCCUGGAAAAAUACAUACUGUGAAGAAUCAUUAGGUUUGAAAUAACUGGAAUUUAUUAGAGUGGAAAUGAAAUUCCAAAAUGGAUCUUUUCUCCCUCUAAAAUAAAAGUUUUUGUCUUUUUUAGGGCAUGUUAUAUAAUUGGACUUGGCCAAGAGUACUAUAUCCUGCAUAAAUAUUGUAAUAUUAAAAAGUAUCUAGUUUUAUGUGAUGUGUGUAUUUAACAAUUAAUAAUUAAAUAUAUGUAUAUGCAGUUUUAUAUAUAUACACACUAUAUAUGUGAUAUAUACAUUCACAUAUAUAUGUGUUUCUGUGUGUAUAUAUAUGUAUGCACACAUAGUCAAUUCUUGAGUGUUAGUAAUUGCUUCAAUCUGUCUUAGAAUUUCUCUCCUCUUGUUCAUAAUUUGCUUGUAACAUUAAGAAAACUUGUGUGUGCCAUAGUCUCUGUCAUCUUCAAUUCAGUUUUUCUCAGUUGCCUUUUUUAAAUAAGUUAGGAUUCCCUGUCUUAUUUUAUAUGUAUGGGUAUAAUAGCUAACUAAGAUAGUUACUUUGUCAAAGCAAAGUUUGGCCCUGUAUCAGAAUGUUGAUUAUCCAUUCUUGGUAUAACUUAAGGAAUAGGAAAGAAUUGAUUAGAGAAAGGAUGAACAAAGCUCUUUGUGAGACAGAGCUUCUCAAUGUGACUAAUUAUAUAGUUUGAAAUGUUGUAAAUUUUUUAAAUGCUUGACAUACUUGUAUUUGAAAAUAUAUUCUAAAGCCAAACAUAAAAUGAUUUCUGGAUUUUCUUGUAUCACUGAACUUAGCUCAGAAAAUCAGGAAUUGAUUGUAUCCAUACUCUGUCAUUAGAUUAUAAAAUCCCCUCCAUUGCAUCAAGAUUUGUGUUAAUUUUUGCUGCUAUGUUGGGAACUUACAUUUUGACAAGUUUUAAUUCAGAACUAUUGAGUGCUAUUGCUGGCAAAUAUUUAUUGUAAAAAGAAGUAAAGAAUAAAUUUUUGAAUUUUUAAUUGUUCCCAGACUGGUUUUUUUUUUUUUUUUUUGGUGGGGGGAGGAAAAGUUGGUGAAGGAGAAUAAGACUAAAAACUCACCUUUUAUACAUUAGAACAAGUAUUACCAGAUCUAGAAUAAAUGUUCAUAAUCUUGUAACUUUAUAGAGAAUAAAGAGCUAAAGUGCUUUCCAAAAUUUUCAGGUCUCAUCACUGGUUCUACUGAUACUAUGUGUUGUAAAAAAUAAAAAAGCUUAUUUUUACAAAAGAAAUCCAUUAUUUAGGAUUUGAAAAGUAUUUUUCCUUAGAAAGUGUUUUAAAUGAUGAAACAUAGGUUCUUAUGUCAUGCUUCUGAGGUGGCACAGUGAGUAGAGCAUUGGACCUGGUGUGUCAGAAAAAUGUGGAUUUAAAUCCCACCUCUGACUAUCCAUACAUUGACUGGACAAAUCACUUAACCUCUGCCUGUCUUAGUUUCUCUACUAUAAAAUGGGAAUAAUAAUGUCACCUAUCUCUCUAAAUUGUGAGGAAUAAAUGAAAUAUUUGCAAUGUACAUAAUACAGUAGCUAGUAGUACAUAGUACACAGUACAAGCAUAAUAGGUGCUUGAUAAAUUUUUCCUAAAUUAAAA